GGUCCAUGCCGGCUCGUGGGCUCUGAACCAUGCUGGCUCCGUGGGCGCCGUCAGCGAGCCCAACCCCUUCCCCGAGAUAGCCAUGAACAGCUGCAAGUACAAUGGAGGCGUCGUCCGGCCCCUGGGCAGCCUGAGCGCCUCCCCCCGCCACCUCCCCGAGCUGGAGGCUGAGACCCAGCCCCUGCAGACCCUGCACAGCGCCGGCCUGGAGGCCGUGGUCUCCAAGCCGGAGCAGGCCAAGGUGUCGGACACGAGCGUGGACGCCGGGGAGGAGGACGAGGACGACGAGGAGGCGGCGGCGGGAGCGGAGCGGAUCCGGCGGCAGCGCAAGAACCAGAACGUCGGGUACCGGCUGGGCCACCGGCGAGCCCUGUUCGAGAAGCGCAAGCGCCUCAGCGACUACGCCCUCAUUUUCGGGAUGUUCGGCAUCGUCGUCAUGGUGACCGAGACGGAGCUCUCCUGGGGCGUCUACACCAAGGAGUCGUCAUACUCAUUUGCACUGAAAUGCCUUAUCAGCCUGUCGACCAUCAUCCUGCUGGGCCUCAUCAUCAUGUACCAUGCCAGGGAAAUCCAGCUCUUCAUGGUGGACAACGGGGCGGACGACUGGAGAAUAGCCAUGACCUACGAGCGGAUCUUCUUCAUCACGCUGGAGCUGCUGGUGUGUGCCAUCCACCCCGUGCCGGGCCAGUACCUCUUCACGUGGACGGCGCGCCUGGCCUUCACCUACACCACCUCGGUGGCGGAUGCCGACGUGGACAUCAUCCUGUCCAUCCCCAUGUUCCUGCGGCUCUACCUGAUCGGGCGCGUCAUGCUGCUGCACAGCAAGCUCUUCACCGACGCCUCGUCCCGCAGCAUCGGGGCCCUCAACAAGAUCAACUUCAACACCCGCUUCGUCAUGAAGACCCUCAUGACCAUCUGCCCCGGCACGGUCCUCCUGGUCUUCAGCAUCUCCUCCUGGAUCAUCGCCGCCUGGACUGUCCGCGUCUGCGAGAGGUACCACGACAAGCAGGAGGUGACCAGCAAUUUCCUGGGAGCCAUGUGGCUGAUCUCCAUCACGUUCCUCUCCAUCGGCUACGGCGACAUGGUCCCCCACACCUACUGCGGGAAGGGCGUCUGCCUGCUCACCGGCAUCAUGGGUGCCGGGUGCACGGCGCUGGUGGUCGCUGUGGUCGCCCGGAAGCUGGAACUCACCAAAGCUGAAAAACACGUGCACAACUUCAUGAUGGACACGCAGUUAACGAAGCGGGUGAAAAACGCUGCUGCUAACGUACUCAGGGAAACGUGGCUCAUCUACAAACACACCAAGCUGGUGAAGAAGAUCGACCAUGCCAAAGUUCGGAAACACCAGCGUAAGUUCCUCCAAGCCAUCCAUCAAUUAAGGAGUGUGAAAAUGGAGCAGCGGAAGCUGAACGACCAGGCGAACACGCUGGUGGACUUGGCCAAGACCCAGAACGUCAUGUACGACCUGGUGUCCGAGCUCCAGGAGCGCAACGAGGACCUGGAGAAGCGCAUCAGCACCCUGGAGGGCAAGAUCGAUGCCCUGGGCCUCAGUCUCCACGCCCUGCCAGGCCUCAUCACCCAAGCCAUAACCCAGCAGCAGCAGCAGCAGCAGCGACGGGGCCAGGGCCCAGGCACGGUCAAACUCCUCGAGUCGGCCGUGCUGGAGUGA